UGACACAAAAGCACUUGUAACUUGAGAGAGAGAGAGAGAGAUGGAUUCCAUGGUGGUGAAGAGACCACCCACUUCCCGUAGCCAUGGAGGAAUCAGAAUCGUCCGUGGAGCCAUACUGGCACUAACAAGUACAGUAUUUCUUGGAUACAUCAUUAUGUGGAUAAUGACUGGCACAAAUAUGUACAGCACCUGGUUUACCAAGCUUCGAGCUAAUUACACCAAUUCAACUUACUUUGGGAGCCAAGGUGGAAUGAUUCUGGUUUUCACACUGCCCAUUCUAUUCAUGGCUGUUGUGGGUUGUGUAUAUCUCCAUUUGGGGAAGGGACUGAGUGGCAUUUACAUGGAAAGAAAGGGCAGAAAGAAUCAAAUUGCUUCGUUGAAACGUCGACCGAUGGUUAUCAAAGGCCUAGGGGUUGUUUCUGGGAUAGAGCUAACCAUGUUCAUCAUGUUCAUUGCCCUCUUGGUUUGGUCUUUCUCAACUCAUUUGCAUCUCUACUUCUCUUUCGUCACCAAACGAGCAAUCGAAAAAGGCGAGAAGAUAUGGGAAGUCAAGCUGGAUAGGGUUGGUCUCGUUCUGGGCGUUGUCGGAAACUUAUGUCUUGCAUUUCUCUUCUUCCCCGUGACUCGGAGCUCGUCUGUUUUGCCGCUCUUCGGUCUCACCUCAGAAGGCAGCAUCAAGUAUCACAUAUGGCUUGGACACAUUACCAUGGUCCUCUUUACCGCUCACGGUGUCGUUUACAUUGUCUACUGGAUUGUCACCAAAAGAUAUUCAGAGAUGGUUGAUUGGGCUUCCACUCGAAUAGCUAAUGUGCCAGGAGAACUGUCCUUGCUAUUCGGCUUGUUCUUGUGGGUAACGACACACCCUCGCAUACGGAAAAACAUGUUCGAGCUCUUCUUCUACACCCAUUACUUGUACAUCCUCUUCAUCGUUUUCUACAUCUUCCACUUGGGCAUCCCUUUUGCCUACACCAUUCUCCCUGGUUUCUACCUCUUCGCCAUCGACCGGUACCUCAGGUUCCUACAAUCGCGAAAAAGCGUUCGCCUAGUUUCUGCCCGAGUUCUGCCUUACGAAACUCUGGAGCUCAAUUUCUCAAAGACUCGAGAUUUGAGUUAUACUCCAACAAGCAUGAUCUUCAUAAAUGUGCCAAGCGUUUCAAAACUACAGUGGCAUCCUUUCACCAUUAGCUCCAACAGCAAUCUUGAACCAAACAAUCUAAGUGUCAUCAUCAAGAACGAAGGAAGUUGGACUAAGAAUCUCUACCAGAUGCUUUCUUCCCCCUCUCCCCUGCACCAUCUCAGAGUGUGUGUUGAAGGCCCUCAUGGACCUGCUUCAACUCAUUUUCUAAGGCACGAUAUGCUUGUGAUGGUGAGUGGAGGCAGUGGCAUCGCGCCUUUCAUUUCUAUUAUCCGAGAGCUCAUCUUUACAGCCUCAACAUUGAAAAGAAAGACGCCACGGGUUCUUCUUAUAUGCGCGUUCAAGUAUUCGUCGGACCUCACCAUGCUAGACCUUCUCGUCCCGAAUUCCGGCACACCCUCUGGCAUUUCCAACUUGGAGCUAGAAAUUGAGGCCUACGUAACAAGAGAGAACGAACCGCCAUUAGAGAAGCCAAAGAUCCUUCAAACCAUUUGGUUCAAGCCUAAUUUCAUGGAUGCACCUUUAUCUCCGACUUUAGGCCCUAACGGCUGGCUAUGGCUCGGUGCAAUUAUAUCGUCUUCGUUCAUCAUUUACCUCCUCUUUAUGGGGAUCCUUACCCGAUACUACAUCUUCCCCAUCGAUCACAACACUAGCAAGAUAUUCUCGCACACGCUACAAGCCAUGCUAAAUAUGUCGCUCGCAUGCAUCUCCAUUGCCGUAGCGGCCAGCAUAGGUUUUCUGGUGAACAAGAGAAGAAAAUCAAUGGAAGCUGAACAAAUUCAAAACGUAGAAAAUGCUACCCCUGAAGUCUCUCCAGACACAUGGUUCGGUAAUGAUAGGGAGUUGGAAAGCUUGCCCCACCAGUCUUUCACCAAGGUGAACUAUGGUGGAAGACCUGAGUUAAAAAGAAUUUUGUUGGAGUGCAAGGAAAAAAGUGUUGGAGUCCUUGUAUGUGGGCCAAAGAAGAUGAGACAUGAGGUUGCUGCCUCUUGUUCAUCUAGUUUGGCUGAGAACUUGCACUUCGAGUCCCUUAGUUUCAACUGGUGAUUCAGUACUCCUCCAUUCCAAAAAUGGGACUUGAAAAGAGCACCUUGAACUAGCUAGAGCCACUCUACUUUAUUUGCAAGUUGCUUUCUUUUCUUUUUUUCUUCAUUCAAUACUUCCAACUUUCGUAUAUGUACGGUUGCAAAAUGUAGCAAGGAACUUUCUACUUCAUCUUAACUAUAGAAACAAAUAAAUGGGAUUCUGGGAAGUUGUACUGUAAUAUUGAGAUGCUAAUACUAUUUGGGUUUUAAUUUAAAAGCAUAACAUGUAAGAGAUCAAAACCUUCCUCGA